UGUACCAUACACGGCAAGAGAUAAAUAUGGGACCUGUAUUUCACAUAUAUUUAACAGCAAACGUUUUGCGCUACUGACAAAAAUGAGCCGUAGUUGUAUCAGGAUCCAUGUACUGCAGUACUGCAGUAGUACUACUACUUCCUCUACUACGCAGUAUUUCCAUUUACUGCGCUGUCUUUGUCCUCAGUGAGAGUCGUGACAGUUCAUCCCUGAAGUCGAGCUGAACGUCCAGAUUAGUGUAUUGUGUACCCAUAUGCCACCAAAGAAAGGGACAGGAGCGUCUCCAUCCCAGCCUCCAGCGAAGAUGAUGAAGAUCGGCGCAGACACAGAGGAGUUUGGCGGCGAUCCAUCGGAUGACAAGUACAGGUUGGCUGACGAGUCCAGUUACUCACCUUAUCCCCAAAACGAGCAUGAUACUAUUGAUUUUGAUGAAGAAAAUGUUGCAAGUCCAGGCAUCAGGACAGACACCAUCAGUCUCCUCAUGAAAAUAGAGCAACUGCAGGCACAACUCAAAUAUGAACGCAGAUGCAGAAUAUUGGCUGAGAGAGAACUGAGGGAGCUGAAAGAGAUGAACACUCUCAUGAUGCAGAUGAGGCACACAACACAUGAACUUCGAGUCACUCUGGAUCACGUUCUCCAAGGAGGUGACCCAGUGGUUGCACCGCAGAACUCUCAAGAUGAAGCAAUCUCUUUCCUGUCAGAGUCUGAUGCAGAGAUGAGAGCAGUUCAUAAUAUCCCGGAGGAUGAUAUCAGCUUCCUGUAUCUCGCUGAGAACCUCCGAGUACCAAAAAAUCUUUAUGAGCGCAUCGCAGAGAUUUCAGACUACAAGAAGUACACCUCUGCACUGCUGAUGAUGCUUUUUGACAGAGAAACUUUGGCCACACACUCUCUGCAGGGCCGAAAGAACAGUUUUAGCGGAGAAGAUUGCCACAAGCCUCAACUCCCACCUGAUAUCUUGAGAAGCAUUAUUGAUCAUGUGGCUGUCAAGUUUAGCGUAGAUGGCAGUCAAAUAAAAACUGCAAUCCGGACGAAGUUAAAUAAUGAGGACAAAUUAUUGAAGAAGAGACUGGGAUUGGUUAAAAUUGAAAACAAAUCCAUCCAUGAUCAAAACAUGUGCCAAGAUGUUUCACUCCUUCCAGAAAAUUCUCAGUCUCCAAGUAUAGACGUUUGAGUCUGGGAAAGUUUAUUUCGGCCUUCAUCUGAUCACCAGUAUUACAUGACAAAUUGCCUUUUUUAAAUCCAUGUUUAGUUUAAUCAGUGUUAGAAUCUAGUGCUUGAAUUCAGUUGAUGUUUAAUAUGUUUUAGGAUUUUACUUUUUUUUUUUUUUACCACUCCCAUUGUGUAUUAUUUAUAAGAAAAGCGGUUUAACACGGUGACUAGAAAAUGUCACAUACUGUAUUUAAUCAGCAAUGGUAAAAACAGUCAGGUAUGCUUUGUUAAGUUGAAUUACUGUGUUUGGGGUAGUAGGUGUAAGCUCACAGGUUUGUGAAGUUGUUCUCUGUCAAGCAUUCAAUCAACUGGCCUCUAUGUAUGUAUAUGUGUGAAAGUAGAACAAUUGAAAAUGUUUGAAAAAUAGGGAUGUCAUUUUUUGUUCAUGACAAUCUGUGUAUUACAUCAGGUGACACUGUGUCUCUAGAAUAGUUUUUUUCCCCCCCCAUUCUCAAAAUGUGUUGUGAUAAUCAAUCUUCUUGCUUUCACAACAUGUCUUACAUCACUUUCUUUGUUGUGCUUCACAACGUAAGGGCCAAUAAAUUUAAGGAACUGA